AUGCCGCAGUCCCCCAAGGGCGGUGAUCGCUCUCACGGCAACGGCGCCGACGACGACGACGACGUCAACGCCAUGCCGCCGCCCGACGAGCACACCCGCCUGCUGCCCAAUCGCGUCGACUCGAGCCGCGGCAUGCUCACCCCCGAUGACCCGGCCGUCACGCCCUACAACCUCUGGAGCAUCCGGCUGCUGCGCUGGGUCACCGUCAGUCUCGCCCUGGUCGCCUUUUUCUGGUGGGUGCUCGUCCUCGUGUCCACCUUUGCUACGCUGCCGGGCUUCCACGUCCGCGGCGGCGGCUUCUACGCCUACGCCUUUGCCAGCCUCGCCCUCGCCGACGUGCUCCUGACCCUCGUCUUUUUCGAGGUGCCGUCACGGGCUUUCCGGGUGCUGUCACUUAUCAUGGCAUUUGUCCUUAUGCUCGACAUGAUCAUCAUCCUCGCCGUCAAACAAACCCGCUACGAGGAGGGCUGGGUUGGCGUCGUUAGUGUCGUCUGGGCACUGCUUAUGAGCCUCUGGACCAUCCUCGUUGACCGCACCGUGCAAUGGGGCAAGGCCGAGGAGGAGGAGCGCCUAACGGGCCGCGCUGAGACGCGCCGCACCCUGGGCGAGUGGCUCGCCGUGCUACUUUCCAGCAUUGGCGCGGGCCUCAUGGCCGUCGCCGCCGUGCUCAUCGCCCUCACCGUCAUCCUACGUGCCCUCGACGCCAAGCUCGCGCCACCCGGCGAUCUCCACCGGGUCGACGGUGGUACCUACCGCAUCCACGUGUACUGCCGGGGCAAUGCCACAACUCACGAUGGUAGCGGCAACCGGCAGCCAACUGUCCUGUUCGAAGGCGGUGAGAGGCCCGUCGAGGACGGUCUGUGGCAGUUUGCCGACGCCGCGCUCGACGCUGGCUCCAUCGCGCGGUACUGUUUCGCGGACCGCCCUGGCCUCGCGUGGUCCGACGCCGCGCCGUCGCCGCUGUCCGCUGGCUUCGCCGUCGACGCGCUCAGCGAGGCUCUCGCCGCAGCCGGCGAGCGUGGGCCGUGGGUGCUCGCCUCUGCGGGCAUCGGGUCGCUCUACUCACGCGUCUUCUCCGCACGCCACGGCAGCGCCGUCCGCGGUAUCCUCCUCGUCGACCCACUGCACGAGGACCUCCUCGGCCCGCUCGCCUCGCCUACGCGGGGCUUUGGCCUCUGGCUCCGUGGUGUGCUGUCCCCGCUCGGCCUCGACAGGCUGCCCGGCGCGCUGUUCCGUGGACGCACCAGCGGCGACCGCGUCUACGGCCGCGCCGCCCACCAGGGUGCCAAGUCGCUCUUUGCGCGCCUGCAGGAGAGCCUGGUGCUCGGGUCUUUUACGCGCCGCGACGUCGCCGCCGCGCGUCAGAUCCAGCAUCGUCGCGUGCCACUGGUCGUUGUCACCUCGGGCCGCCACGUCCGCGACGACCCGCACUGGGAGGCCAAGCAGCGCGACCUAACCGGUCUCACGGACGAGCUGCUCCGGUGGGAUAUUGUUGAUGAUGCCCCUCCGCAUAUUUGGGAGACGGAGGCCGGCAGGGACAAGAUGGAGGCCCGGCUGCGGCAGCUGCUCAGGAACAAGGCGUGA